UUUGAUCCCUGAGGGUCCCUCCCAGCUCAGGAUAUUCUGGGAUUCUGUGAUUCUCGGCUAUAAAAAGAGAAAGCAAAAUAACCAAGUAGUUCUUAGAGCUUUAAUUAGCAGCAGUGUGAGUGUGACUCUGUGCCCAGCCACGGGACCCACUGGAGCCCAGAGGAAGCCGGUGGGAUGCACGUGCUGAGUAUGGAAAGGGCGGGGGAUGGAGAGAGCCCCAUCUCUGUCUCCACACAGAAUGUUCCCCUCCCAGCACUCAGCCGGGGCUGGGAGGUCUCUUCAGGGGGGACAGGGGAAGAUCUCCCUGUCUCCAGGUGACAAUGGGGGAUGUGGAGAUCUGUGUGGACCCUCGGGGCACAACGGGGACUGCUGUCCGCGAGGGCCUCUUAAAGUUGGGUUUCCCAGAUUUCUUUGAAUCAACCCCGGCCCGGGCAACACAACCACGGCGGCGGGGCCGGCCUGGAACCCCCAGAACGGGGAAACCGGGGGUGAGAAAAGGGCUGGUGGAGGAUUCGCUGGAGGGGUGCGGAGGCGGUGAGGGGCACGGACAGCGGGACCGAGCCCCGGGCGGGACCGAGCCCCGGGCAGGGCCCGGCUGGGCCCGGCUGGGCCGCGGGGCAGCCAGGCCGCGUUGCCAUGGCGAUGGGUCCGCCUCCUUCCCGGCGUGCCCCGCGCCCGCACGUGACCUCACACCCGGAAGUGUUGCCAUGGCGGCGGGCGCGCUCUGGGGGCUCGUCGCCGCGCUGGAGACGCACCGGGGCCGCGACCGGGCGGUCCGGGCGCUGUCCUACGGCUGCCAGCUGGCGGGGGCAGCGCUGCCCGGCCCCGCGGGGCUGCCCGGGGGGCUCCUGGCCGCCUCUGCCCAGCUCAGCUCCUGCCGCACCGCCCUGCGCCUCUUCGACGACCUGGCCAUGCUCCGGCACAGCUGCAGCUACGGGCUGGGCCCCGAGGGCGAGGACGCGCUGGUGCGGGGGCUCUCGGUGCUCUGCAACGUGGCCAACCAGCUCUACUACCCCUGCGAGCACGUGGCGUGGGCGGCGGAUGUCGGCAUCGUCCGCGCCCGCUCCCGGCAGUGGUGGGCGCGGAGCACGGCGCUGUGGGGCUGUGCCCUGCUCCUGGGCAUCCUGCGAUCCCUGAGAAUCUUGUGCCAGUUAAGAAGGAAACUGAGCCAGCACAAGUGCAGCACUUCACCUCAGAGGCAGCAGAAGCUGAGAGCCCAGGUGAAGGCUGAAGUUCUGAGCAUCCUCAUGGACACAGCAGAUCUCUCCAACGCCAUCCACUGGCUGCCUCCAGGAUUCCUCUGGGCAGGAAAGUUCCCUCCAUGGUUAGUAGGACUCCUGGGGACCAUCUCCUCCCUGAUUGGAAUCUACCAGGCAUCAAGAGGAGCAAAUUCUGAAGCUGCUUAAGCCAGAACUGAGCUUCACAAGCCCAGUUUCCACAUGGUAAAAGUGCCUUUAGUGAGGCAGGGUGUAUUUUAACUUUCCUGGGUUGUUGAUUGUCCUUCCAGAUAUCCCAUAAUCAGGACUGGAAUCCAGAUGCCUGUUGCAAAGGGGAUUGUUUGCAGCUGAUAAUUUUUAUCACUCUUCAUCAGAGAAAUAAUUCAGGUGAAUCCUCUGAAAAUCAAGAAUCUCCUACAAUGGGUAAAACUGAGGGGGAGAGAGUUGCUUCCAAGAUAAAUGCAACCUCCCAGUGGUUUUUGCCACUUAAAGGAGCACAGUGGCCAGGUUCUGUCACAGAGAACUGGUAAGGGAUGAAUCCUGUGAGCUCACACUCUGGGCUUGGUGCUGUACCUGAGCCAGGAUGGGACUCCUAUCCUGGGAGUUCUCCAGGUGUUUUGGGGUUUGGGCUCAGACAGGAGCCAGCAGGGGUGUUGUUUGUGACCCUUGUGUUUCCUUAGAGGUGAGAGGGGCAGGAAAUUGCUGCUGGAAGCAGCGUGGACCUUCCUAGCCUGCCUUGCCCGUUUAAGGAGAGAUGUUGGAAGUCGAGACUUCCCCCAGAGCUGAGGCUCCAGCUGUGCCUUUGUGGAAUGCCACCGGGUGGAGCUCUUCCACCAGGCUCCAGCAGCUGCCAACGGACCUAUUUUAUUAAAAAAAAAAAAAAAAAGUAGGAAAUUUAUUCAUCACCUUUCAAAGGAGCAAUCAAACCAAUGCCGAGGCGGGGUUUGCAGUUACAGUUCUGGGCGUUGCCAAUAAUAAACGACACAAAUGCUUCAAA